UGCGCCAUGCCCGACCCGACGAGCUAUCCUUCUUACGUAUAUGCACAAUCCGACAAUUUUGGGCCCAAAACACACGGCUUUGAUUGCAGCCCCUGACUCUGUGAGAGCAAGCAGAGGUCAGAGUCAACCCACAGAUAGACGCCAUUGCUGCUUCUGCAGUUUCUCAAAACUCUCCCCCUUCCGAUUUUUGUAUCAGACAAUUCUUGAACCCGACACGACCCCACGCUUGCACACAUCGAGAAAGGCGACGACUGAAUUCGCCCGACCCACCAAAGAUUCUUGUUCUCUCUGAAUCUCGGUCUCACGAUUCCUGCUGAAUCGGAGGAGCAAAUGGCGGUGGGCGAGGAAGAGGUGGAGAUAGUGACGGCCCGCACGGACAAGAGGCAGUACCGGAGGGUCGUGCUCAAGAACUCCCUCGAGGUCCUCCUCAUCAGCGAUCCUGACACUGACAAGUGUGCUGCGUCAAUGGCUGUUAGCGUCGGGUCCUUCUCGGACCCCGAGGGGCUCGAGGGCCUCGCCCAUUUCCUCGAGCACAUGCUGUUCUAUGCCAGUGAGAAAUACCCUUUGGAGGAUAGUUAUUCAAAAUUCAUCACAGAGCAUGGAGGCAGUACAAAUGCUUUUACAGCAUCUGAGCACACGAAUUAUUACUUUGAUGUGAAUGUUGAUAGUUUUGAAGAAGCAUUGGACCGAUUUGCUCAGUUCUUCAUCAAACCAUUGAUGUCUGCUGAUGCCACAAUGAGGGAGAUUAAGGCCGUCGAUUCUGAGAAUCAGAAAAACUUAUUAUCUGAUGCUUGGAGAAUGAACCAGCUGCAGAAGCAUUUAAGUGAGAAAAGUCAUCCCUAUCAUAAGUUCGGUACAGGAAACUGGGACACCCUGGGAGUUCGACCCGGAGCACGAGGUCUGGAUACGAGAGAUGAGCUCAUUAAAUUUUAUAAAGAGCACUAUUCGGCCAACCUCAUGCAUUUGGUUGUAUAUUCAAAAGAAAACCUUGAUAAAAUCGAAUCUAUGGUAGAGGAAAAAUUCUGCGACAUUCGAAACACAGACAAGGAUUGCUUACAUAUUACUGGGCAGCCUUGCACAUCAGAGCAUCUACAGAUUCUCGUAAAAACUGUCCCAAUAAAACAAGGUCACAAGCUGCGUGUGACAUGGCCUAUAACUCCAGAAAUCCGUCACUAUAAGGAGGGGCCGAGCAGGUAUCUUGGUCAUCUUAUUGGUCAUGAAGGAGAAGGAUCAUUGUUCUACGUCUUGAAAACAUUGGGGUGGGCUACGAGUUUGUCUGCUGGUGAAGUUGACUGGAGUUUGGAGUUUGCUUUUUUUAAAGUGGUAAUCGAUCUUACUGAUGCUGGUCAUGAGCAUAUGAAAGAUAUCAUUGGACUGCUAUUCAAGUAUAUUUCCCUCUUGCAAGAGUCUGGUGUUUGCAAGUGGAUAUUUGAUGAGCUUUCAGCUGUCUGUGAGACAAAGUUUCAUUAUCAGGACAAAAUUGCUCCAUUCGACUUUGUGGUCAAUAUUUCUUCAAACAUGCAGGUAUACCCUCCCAAAGAUUGGAUAGUUGGAUCAUCCUUGCCUUGCAGGUUCAACUCCGACACUAUCCAGAUGGUACUUGAUGCCCUUUCUCCUCAAAAUGUCAGGAUCUUCUGCGAAUCUAAGAAUUUUGAAGGAUCAACAGAUAUGGUCGAACCAUGGUACGGAACCGCAUAUUCUGUCGAGAAAAUCACCAAGUCAACAAUUCAGGAGUGGAUGCAAUCAACCUCAAAUGAGAACUUGCAUCUGCCUAUACCUAAUAUAUUUGUCCCUACUGAUUUCUCGCUAAAAAAUGCAGAAGAGAAGGUCAUAUACCCAGUUCUGCUACGACAGUCAAUCUACUCAAAGAUAUGGUUCAAACCUGAUACAACAUUCUCGACACCCAAGGCAUAUGUUAAAAUAGAUUUCAGUUGUCCCCUUACUAGCAGCUCCCCUGAGGCCGAAGUCUUGACUGAUAUAUUCACGCGGCUGUUGAUGGAUUACUUGAAUGAAUAUGCUUACUAUGCGCAGGUUGCUGGCUUAUAUUACGGCGUGAACCAUACUGACACUGGAUUUCAGGUGACAGUGUUGGGUUAUAAUCACAAGUUGAGGAUCUUACUGGAAACUGUGUUGGAAAAAAUCGCAACAUUUAAAGUGAGACUGGAUCGAUUUUCUGUAAUCAAGGAAAUGGUGACUAAGGAGUAUCAGAAUUUGAAGUUUCAACAGCCGUAUCAGCAGGCCAUGUACUAUUGCUCGCUAAUUCUUCAGGAUGGCACUUGGCCGUGGUUGGAACAGCUCGAAGUUCUUCCUCAGGUUAAGGCCGAAGACCUUUCCAACUUCUUCCCCAUCAUGCUCUCGAGAGCCUUUCUGGAAUGCUACAUAGCAGGUAAUAUUGACCGUGUUGAAGCAGAAUCGAUGGUUCAGCAUAUGGAAAAUGUAUUCUUUCAGGGUGCAAACCCAAUAUCCCGGCCCAUAUUCCCCUCCCAGCACUUGACCAACAGGGUCGUUAAACUCGAGAAGGGUACAUCUUAUUUCUACCCAGCACAAGGCUUAAACCCGAGUGAUGAGAAUUCUGCACUGGUCCAUUAUAUCCAGGUUCAUCGAGACGAUUUCUUGAUGAAUGUUAAGCUUCAGUUGUUUGCUCUUAUUGCCAAGCAACCUGCCUUUCACCAGCUUAGAUCUGUUGAGCAGCUCGGUUACAUUACUAUUCUUAUGCAGAGGAGCGAUUCCGGUAUUCGUGGACUGCAGUUCAUCAUUCAAUCAACAGUCAAGGGUCCUGGGCAAAUUGAUUUGAGAGCUGAAGCAUUCCUGAAAAUGUUCGAGACUAAACUUUCAGAGAUGACAAGUGAAGAUUUUAAGAGCAAUGUCAAUGCAUUGAUUGAUAUGAAACUUGAGAAACACAAGAAUUUGAGGGAGGAGUCGCAAUUUCACUGGAGAGAAAUUUCCGAUGGGACCCUGAAAUUUGAUCGGAGGGAAUCUGAGGUUGCAGCAUUAAGGCAGUUAACGCAGAAAGAGUUGUUGGACUUCUUUAACGAAUACGUGAGGGUCGGAGCACCGAGGAAGAAAACUCUAUCUGUCCAAGUUUAUGGGAGCUUGCACUCUUCCGAGCACGAUCAAGAUAAGAAUCAACCUGUUCGGCCUUCGUCAGUUGAGAUCGGUGAUAUAUUCAGCUUCCGAAGAUCUCGGCCUCUUUAUGGAUCAUUCAAAGGAGGAUAUGGUCAGAUGAAGUUGUAAUUCUUGUAAAAGAAAGUAUAUGAGGUUCACGAAAGGGAACCAUUGACGGUUCUUUCCAGUUCGGUCCUCUUUGACGUAUGCGUCACACGAACCUCAUGUCCUUUAAUCAUCUCAAUGUAUUGCGGACAUUCACUUCCUUUGUACGAAAUUCAGUUGGGGUUGUCAUUAGUUGUUGUCAGGGUUCAUCGUGGCCCGACAACAGAGCUUGUGUAGCUCUUUGGCUUUGUGCUGAAUGCACAAGAAAAGAAAAUUUGCGCCACCA